GCGACACCCUAAUGUACAUGUGUAAAAUAUGUAAACAGUGAACUGUCAAAGUGACAUUUAUAUUUAAUUUCGGAUUUGUUGUUUGCAACCAUGCUUAAACUGAACACUCUUGUAACUGCUAAGGCUUUGUCUGAAUGCAUUUCAAAUUUUCCUAGGAAAAUUAAAGUUUUAGACGCGACUUGGUUCCUCCCUUCCUACGGAAAGAAAGGAAUUGAGGUUUACAAAGAGGGUCAUAUACCGGGUGCCGCUUUCUUUGAUAUUGACGAAUGCUCGACAAGAUCUGAAUACGAGCACAUGCUCCCGUCAGAGUCACAGUUUGCAGAUUAUGUUGGCAAUCUCGGGAUUGAUAAUGACACUAGCGUAGUAGUUUAUAACGCUCAUCCAGACUUUGCGUUAUUUUCAGCUCCACGUGUUUGGUGGACUUUCCAUGUCUUCGGACACAGAGACGUAUCAAUACUAUCAGGAGGGUUAAGGUCAUGGAAAGAUGCUGGUUUUCCAGUUGCCACUGGAGUAGAAAGCCAUACGAGGAAAGUAUUUAAUGCCAAAUUGAAUAAAGAUCUAAUAAAAUCGUUCGAGGAUGUUGCGGAAAACAUAACUAGUCAGAAAUUUCAGUUAAUUGAUGCUAGGUCAGCAGGAAGAUUUCAUGGAACUGACCCAGAGCCAAGGAAAGAUUGUAGACCUGGUCACAUACCAGGGUCCAGAAGUAUACCAUUUCCGAAAAUACUCUGUUCGUAUAAUGGUCCAGAUGGGCAAGUUGUUAAUCAUGGUGCGGUGAAAAGUCCAGAUGAGCUGAAGCAAGUAUUCACAGAGGCUGGAGUUGACCUUGACAAACCUCUUACUGCAUCAUGUGGAUCAGGUGUAACAGCGUGUUGUCUGGUGCUGGCGUCCUUUUUGUGUGGAAAGACGGACACCUGCGUUUAUGAUGGGGCCUGGUUAGAGUGGUAUAAAAGAUCAACGCCGGAGCAAAGAGAAGAGAGUCCAUCAGAUUGAUAAUGAAUCUGAAUCUUAAAUAAUUUAUACAUGUCAUGUAUUCUAUUCUUUUAUCCAUGCACAUGUAUAAACAUUUAAUAAAUUGAAAAUGUCACGGGACUUUAUGUAACAGUCAUUGAAGUCUCUGGAAAUGUACAAUGCAUGUUCAUAUAUCUGCAUGUCCACACAUUGUCCACACUCAAGGCAGAGUUUAAGAUUUUCUUACGUUAUAAGAUAUAAAAUGUGCUUCUGUUCUAAAACGCUUAGAAAAAUAUGAAUGUUUUACCUACAAGUAAUCAAGAAUAUUAUAUUUCAAAUUAUAUUAAUUUCUUUUCGGCCGUAGGCAGUUUUUUUAUCCAGCCCGCAUAGCUCAAUCGGUUAGAGCGCGAGACUUACAUAGCUCAAUCGGUUAGAGCGCGAGACUUGUAUUCUCGACAUUGUGGGUUCGAUUCCCGGGCUGGCCAACAAAAACAACUAAUCAGUCUUUCGAAUGAGACUUUCAAUUGAGGUCCCGUGUACACUUGGCACGUAAAAGAACCAGGAAAGCUUCUGGAAUUGGGGCAUCUCUCUAUAUCUGUAUCUUGCACUAUCCUCCAAAAAUCUAAAAUGUUAAAUACUCUUCUGGGGGACUCGCCCAUAUGGGCAACCGGUGGCGAGUAUAAAUAAACUCAAAUACAAACAAAGUAGGCAGUUUGUUGUCACAUUUACUUCCGAUAAAUUGGAGCAAUAGGAUCACAACGACGAUUAUUCAUAAUCCUUACCAAAGGGCCGUAAAGAUUCGAUUAAUAUUGACGAGGUAAUCAAUCUCAUUUCCUGUUAUUUGGAGGUCAGGAAAAUUAUUAUUUUUGAUUUGCUUAAAAUUGUCAGUCUCAAUAACAGAUCUUAAGAUUUCUAUUCAUUGUUUUUCUUAUGCUUAUAUUUUCCCACCAUUCUUUGCUUUGGUGUUAGUUUGUUAAACAAAUUUACAAUUUGUGAAAGCACAGGAACUUGAAAUUC